ACCGCACUCGACGCCGCGCACCGCACCAUGGACCGUCCCACGCCCCGUGUCAACGCCGCCAAGCUCGCCGAGUACUCCACGGGCAAGGUCGUGCGCAUCAUCGGCAAGGUCCUCAGCCUCGAGAAUGACCAGGCCCUCCUCGAGACGAGCGACAAGGGCCAGGUCACCGUCAAGCUCAUGAAGGACUCGAACCUGGCCGACACGUUUGUCGAAGUGAUUGGCAAGAAGAGCGGCGACGCCGUCGUGACCGAGCUGUCCAGCCAGAACCUCGGCGAGAGCAUCGACCUCGAGCUCGCCAACAAGGUGGUCGAGCUGACGCACGCGUACCCGGACGUGUUCCCGACCAACGAGUGACCUCGUCGACCUCUCUCUCUCUCUUGCGUCGUCGCGGUCGCGGUUCCCUCGGCACCGGUCCGCCUGUAGCUGUACUCCCACGCUGCCGUACCCCCUCCUUUUCCCUCCUGCCGUCGUCGCACGGGUGUAACACCAGGGCCGUGCUUGCC